AUGUCACAUCAACCAUCAUCCACUGUUCGCGUUGCUGUCACUCAAUUCGAGCCAGCAUGGCUUGACUUGCCAAAGGCUGUCGAGAAGACCUGCCGUUUGAUCCGCGAGGCAGCAGAGAACGGCGCAAAGCUUGUGUCGUUCCCCGAAUGUUGGAUUCCAGGCUACCCUGCCUGGAUAUGGUCAAGGCCCAUAGACUUCGAGCUCUCGACAGCUUAUAUGAAGAACUCUCUGCAUGCAGACUCAAAUGAGAUGCGUCGCAUCUGUCAGAGUGCUGCAGAUCACCAUAUCGCCGUUGUGCUUGGGUUCGGCGAGAACUUCAAAGGCUCGCUUUACAUCUCACAAGCUAUCAUCAAUGCCGAGGGAAGUAUCGAAGUCCUGCGUCGGAAGCUGAAAGCGACGCACAUGGAGAGGACGAUAUUUGGAGAUGCAUCGGGCUCUACUCUCCAAAACGUCGUGGAGCUGCCGGACGUUGGACGCGUUGGUACCCUGGCUUGCUGGGAGCAUACGCAACCACUACUCAAAUACCACACUUACCAUCAGAGAGAAACCAUACAUGUUGCUGCGUGGCCGCCGCUGUACGAACACGAUGGUGGUCCAGGCUUGUAUUCCAUGAGCAAAGAAGCCUCUGGCGUCACCAUGAAUACCCCUGGUGGGGGUAGCUCAGCUAUCUUUGGCCCGGAUGGGCGCCUGGUGGCUGAUGGUCUACCAGAGACAGAAGAGGGGUUCAUUUACGCAGAAUUGCAGCUUGAUGAUAUCUUGAAGGCAAAAGGUUUCUUGGAUGUUUGUGGCCAUUACAGCCGACCUGAUCUACUGUGGCUGGGUGUUGAUAAGAAAGAGAAAACACAUGUAGUUUAA